CUUGAUACAAGUGACAAGAUGGUAAUGUUUCCUUUCUGUUUGGCGGUUUGUGCUCUAAUUGGAAUUAGUCAAGGCGUCUUCACCAAAAUGGAUUUCGGCGACGAAGAUACGUCAGUAGUCACAAACACAACCAAAGUUGGAGACAAAGACGUAGAAGUAAAACAUACUAUAGUCGUAUCUACUAAAUUAAAGAACAAUCGACGGGGAAUCCACGGAGCUAAUGACGAUCAAAGAACAAUAACUUACAAUACAGGCCAAAGGCAGAAUAAAGAAAAGGAAGACAGUGGUGAAGUGCCCAUUGUAAGUGGCUAUAAAGCUGUCGAAACAACGCAAAUUAGAACUCCAGAUACAAGACAUAAGACUGCUUAUCCAGAAGUCACACUUGAGAGUCGUAAUCUACGUGAUGAAUACGAUAUAUAUCCUAAUUUGGCAAACCAUCCCAUGCAAUGGAAACCUUCUAGCUUCUACAAUAACAUAAAUACCUGGAAUCAAGAUUACGUUUCUCACGGACGUAGCAAUACACCGUACUACCAAAGCAAACUUAAUAGAAGGAUAGCUGACGAUACUGUUAAAGAAUUUUACUGUCGGAGAUGUAUGGAACUCGGCGGAUCUAAAGGCUGCACGCAAAGACCAUAUCGAGCAACUACUCCUAAAGUGAAGAUAGACGGCAAAUUGGUGAAAUUAGACUAAUAGUUUCAUUGUUUUUGUACAUCCGUUACUGUAGAAAAAAUAAAACGGAGUGAUGUUAUCUGAAUAACCUUGAGACGUCGCUCGUAAGUUGAGAGGCAUGGUAUAAUGACACGCACUCGUGCGCACGAUCUUGGUUUCGUUAAUCCUCGUUUUCAUCUUGUUUUAUAUACUGUAUAAUAUACAUUUAGGUUUUAUUAUCUUUUGAAAUUAAUUAAGAAUAAGUUUGUAUUCAAAACACCGUGUAGUGGUGUAGCUACAAUUUUAAUUGUUUUAGUCAAGACUUGAUAGAGUCCUAAUAAUGAAAAAAUUAAUGGAGAUGGAUGACAAAAUAUUAAGAAAAAAAAAUACAGUUUUAUAUAUUUUUAUGUAAAUAAAUCGCCAAUAACAUAUUACAGAAGAUUAUAUUGUACUGUUUCGAUAAACAUUUUGUUUGUUAAUACAGCUGAAAAUUAAUACAUAUGUCGGUUAUCAAUACAUGAGACGAUGCAAAUGCGUUUA